AAUGAGGGUAAAAUGUACAGACAMAAAAUUUCCCGCUUGACCCAAACUGCAAAUCAAAUUAUCGUUCUUUCCAACUUCUUGUGAUGCGGUUGGACACCUCCCCUCUUCAAAGGGUUUAUAUUGAAGCCAAAGACGGAUUGUAGUAGGCUUUUUUUCCAGCAGAGCUUUUAUUGACUCACGAGGAAGAUGAGGAAGCUGGUUUUGUGUGUUUGUGUUCUGCUGCUGCUGAUCACCCUCGCUGAAACCCGUUUUAAGGGUGCUUGCUGCGUAACAUAUCAGGGACAUCGAAUCCCGCAUAAAUUUCUGAAGAGCUACAAAGUACAAGAAGACACAAACCGCUGCAACUUGAGGGCAAUAAUCUUCAAGAUGGUGAACGGCAAAACGUUCUGUGGGGAUCCAGCAAAGCGGUGGGUCAUACGGAGUAUGGUGUUUGUAGACAGCAGAAAACAUCAUAAAGCAUCAAGAAAGAGCAACUAAACAGACCAACUGCAAGACAUAACRAUUUAACGGYGGCUCCGUUGGUAGAGCUGUUGCUUCUCAGCAAGAA